GCCUCGUGCUGAUCACAGGGACCAUGCGGGCACAUUAAGCCCUUCAACGGUUGGUGGUGGCUUCGUUCCCGGGCCGCGCAACCAUUCCGGUUCGGUGUACACUUUGUUUCCGUCCUUCCGUAACGGGCUGGAACAUGGCGCUGCAUCAAUGCAUACCUGCUUUGCGAUCCUAUCGACCGGCGUACCUGAUGCGCUGGCGCCAGGGAUGGACGAUGACACUCAAUGGCACUCAGGCACCGGACUUUGCCAUCGCACAUAUUUCCGAGCGACGCUCGUCCACCACCCGAGGUUCCGACAUCAAAUCGGGCUUCAACAUCUUUUCACCACGCGCUUACUGCGAGACGAUACGCCAAGACUAUAUGGACUCCCUCUGGAAGGACGCCGCGACUCCGCUAUGUGCUGUGGUGCCCCUUGGCUGCUGUGAUCCUUAUGUUACGCGACUGGCCGCGGCAUUGACAAUCAGCCCGCCUGCUUUCGCAUCGGAGAUGAGCAGGCCCGCUGUUAAUGUGCUGAUGCACGUCUGUUGUCGGCCAAACCGCAAGGAGUCAUAGACCGCGUGUUGUAUCCCUGAGCAGUCGGGAUGUGGCACAUACCAUGACAGCUCAUCCUCAGGCACAAUCUGGCGCUCGUGCGCCCAGGCAUCCUCCCCGCUGCCGGCGUAAUUCGCCAGCGACGCCUUCGUGAAUAAAAGGCGUCGACUGUUGAGCGAAUGAUCCAGC